AUGUUCAGAGAUUUGUUAAACGCAGUGCAAGACCUUAGCAAACAGCAAGCUCAAACGGCACCUAAUAAUGCAAUAGGAAGUGCCAACACCAUGAGCUCAAUUGAGUGGUUCAGAAGACUAGAAGGGAUCUUCAAGCACAUGAACUGCAACGAUGCUCAAAAGGUUUCUUGUGCAAAGUUCAUGUUGACUAACGAUGCCGGGCAUUGGUGGGAUUCUGAAACACGUAUUAAGACUGCAGAACAACUACGUAAUCUCACAUGGGAUCAAUUCAAGGAGUCGUUGAUGGGUAAAUAUUUUCCCCAGUCAUUGAGGGAUCAAAAGGAGGUAGAAUUUCUCCAACUCACACAAGGGAGUUUGCCACUUGGAGAGUACGAAAGAAAAUUUGAACAGCUUUCUAGAUACGCUCCGCACAUGGUAAACAUUGAGCUGACAAAGGCUAAAAGGUUUGAGAUGGGGUUAAAGCCAGAGAUUAAGGGAAUCAUAACAGCCCAGCAGUAUACUAUUUAUGCGAAAGUUGUACAUCGAGCACAAGCAAUUUCUAAUGGUUUAGGAUUGGAAGAGAAACCUCAACCCAGCAUUAAGACUUCUGUAAAGAGAAAGUGGCAAGGUCAUGAUAAAGAGAAAGGCAGUAAUCAGAAUAAGAAAGUAAAGAUUUGA